AGAGUCAUUUAGAAAGCCCCCGAGGAAGUGUAAACAAAAGGGAAAGCAUGAAUGGAGCGCUCCAGAGACAAGUGUGUCCAGCACUGCCCGCGACACCUUUAGUUGGGCCUGCCGCUGCUGCCCAGCUCUGCCUCUCCCCACAUACCCACUGGUGAUUUAGAAUUUUUUUUCUUUUUCUUUUCCAUUCUCUCUCUCUCUCUCUCUCUCUCUCUCUCUCUCUCUCUCUCUCUCUUUUAUUCUCCUUUAGGGCAAGGCAAAGUUUCUGAUUUUUUGGGACCCAGCCAUGGCCCUUCUGCACUUUCUGUAAAAUACCCACUUUCUCGCCAUCGCCAAGCAGCGUUUGGCAAUAUCAGAUAUCCACUCUAUUUAUUUUUACCUAAGGAAAAAACUCCAGCUCUCUUCCCACUCCCAGCUGCCCUGCCACCCCUCCCAACCCUCGGCUUGCUCUCCACCUGGCCUGCUGGGAGUCAGAGCCCAGCAGAACCUGUUUAGACGUAUGGACAGGAAGCCCAGCGCUCCACAGCACUCAGUCCGCUAUUUCUUCGUCCCGGGGUUUGCCAGCGCUUCCUGGGAGUCCUGAAGCGCUCGCAGUGCAGUGAGUUCAUGCACCCUCUUGCCAAGCCUCAGUCUUUGGGAUCUGGGGAGGACGCCUGGUUUUCCUCCCUCUUUCGACUGGGGUAUCGUCCUUGCCAGGCUUCCCCAGCCCCCUGGCCUCGCUCCUGGACUCACACAAGAAGAUGCACUUGCAAAAGGCUCUGGUGGUCCUGGCCCUACUGAACUUGGCCACAGUCAGCCUCUCUCUGUCCACUUGCACCACCUUGGACUUCGGCCACAUCAAGAAGAAAAGGGUGGAAGCCAUUAGGGGACAGAUCUUGAGCAAGCUCAGGCUCACCAGCCCCCCUGAGCCGUCGGUGAUGACCCACGUCCCCUAUCAGGUCCUGGCACUUUACAACAGCACCCGGGAGCUUCUGGAAGAGAUGCACGGGGAAAAGGAGGAAGGCUGCACUCAGGAAAACACUGAGUCGGAGUACUAUGCCAAAGAGAUCCAUAAGUUCGACAUGAUCCAGGGACUGGCCGAGCACAAUGAGCUGGCUGUCUGCCCCAAAGGGAUUACCUCUAAGAUUUUUCGUUUCAACGUGUCCUCAGUGGAGAAAAAUGGAACCAAUCUGUUCCGGGCAGAGUUCCGGGUCCUGCGGGUGCCCAACCCCAGCUCCAAGCGCAUGGAGCAGAGAAUUGAGCUCUUCCAGAUUCUGCGACCAGAUGAGCACAUCGCCAAGCAGCGCUACAUUGGCGGCAAGAAUCUGCCCACAAGGGGCACUGCUGAGUGGCUGUCUUUUGAUGUCACUGACACUGUGCGCGAGUGGCUGUUGCGGAGAGAGUCCAACUUGGGCCUGGAAAUCAGCAUUCACUGUCCAUGCCACACCUUUCAGCCCAAUGGAGAUAUACUGGAAAAUGUUCACGAGGUGAUGGAGAUCAAAUUCAAAGGAGUGGACAAUGAAGAUGACCAUGGCCGCGGAGACCUGGGGCGUCUCAAGAAGCAGAAGGACCACCACAACCCUCACCUGAUCCUCAUGAUGAUCCCCCCACACCGACUCCACAGCCCGGGCCAGGGCGGGCAGAGGAAGAAGCGGGCACUGGACACCAAUUACUGCUUCCGCAACUUGGAGGAGAACUGCUGUGUGCGCCCCCUCUACAUUGACUUCCGGCAGGAUCUGGGCUGGAAAUGGGUCCACGAACCUAAGGGUUACUAUGCCAACUUCUGCUCGGGCCCCUGCCCGUACCUCCGCAGCGCAGACACAACCCACAGCACGGUGCUGGGACUGUACAACACCCUGAACCCGGAGGCCUCGGCCUCACCAUGCUGCGUGCCCCAGGACCUGGAGCCCCUGACCAUCCUGUACUACGUCGGCAGGACCCCCAAGGUGGAGCAGCUGUCUAACAUGGUGGUGAAGUCGUGCAAGUGCAGCUGAGGCUGGCCCGGGACACAGGAGGGAAAACUACCACACCACCGACCGCUGCUCCUUGGGAAACUGAAGCGACGGACCUCACCCUAGAGGCCUGGAGCCCCCAAGCCCUGGCUCCUGGCCAACGGCCGAGAGGGAGGCUUCCUUCUGGAACGUUUCUUUCUGCUAGCUCUGAGAAUCACUGUGGUAAAGGAAGUGUGGGUUGGUUAGGGGAAGGCAGACUCUUGAGAACACGGAAUUUCUGUGGGGCACACGGAGGUGGUGGGGUAGAGGAGAAGGGAUGGUAGGUCGACACGGUGUGUGGCAAUGGGACUGGGGCGACCCCAGGGAGGAGGAUGGGUGGAGUGGUUGGUCAGGUGAGGGCCAGGCUGGAAGGCACUUGAGCUCUGAGGUCUUUGCUCAUUGCAGCACAUCUGUUCUAGGGAAAUGGGAUGUCGUUAGAGGAGGCGAGCGUUUUUUCUUCAGACAGUUUACCAAGACAAAGUCCCCCCCACCCCCGCCAACCCCACCCCCAGAACCAUAUCUUUGCACUGCCUGGGAUUAAGGACAAUCUGUUCUUUUUGCAAACUGUGUUCUCCCAUCAGUCAGCAUCGUGAGUCAUUACAGAUAAUGUAAUUAGAUUCUGGGCCAGCAGCUAGCUUCUCGGGUCCCUUGGAGAUGCUGAACUUAAAAGCAAAGGUCAGAACUCGUUCUCUCAUGUCUUCCCUCGGGGGCCCUCCUUUUGCCUUCCUCCUUGGUCAUAUUUCCCCUUGGACAUCUGGCUACACACCUUCUGGGUCAGGGUGCACUCUCUGGAUUCUGGGUCCACGUAGCGUGGGGCAUCAGGGAUUGUCUCCCUCCUACCCUCCUAGACCCCACGCUCUCCUGGUGUUCCUGGAAGCGGGUGCUGCGGGCAGACUGUCUGGGGAGGCUGCACGCACCUGGCAUGGUGACUCGGGCCCCGGACACACAGACUAAAGUAUAAAGACAGAUACGAGUAUUACUCUCAAAAUCUUUGUAUGAAUAAAUAUUUUUGGGGAAUCACGGA